AUGAAUUUGACAAAGAGGAAUGGAAAGAAGAACAAAAAAGAAUUUUAUAAAAUAUAUGAAGAACAAGAAGGGUUUGAUGGAGUGGAAGAGGAACGAGGAAAAUUUAUUGUAUAUACUACUGAAAAGAAGCCAACCCUUGGUUAUACUGGUGGUAAA